AUGACGAACGAAACCGUCGGUGAACCCUUAGAACCACCAAGAAACCCGGUACGACCGAUGAUAUCACUGGAGUCGGUUAUCACUCCUGUGAUGCCAUCAAAGCAAGCGGUCACAACCAUCAGUGACACACCGUCAUCCGGUGGUCCAACACCCUCGUUCACAAUGGUACCAUCCCAAAACACACUCCACAACCAACAUCUAACACCCACCCUCAGUAGUAUGACACCAUCGUUCCUCCACACCUUCGGUGGACCAAAUGGUUUUACCCAAAUCCCGUUACCACCGAUUUUCCAAACAACAAGCGUCCCACAACAGAUUACACAAGCAACACCGCUACUAACACCGCAAACCGUUAAUGGACUACCACCCCCUUUGUAA